UAAGAAUAUCAAAGAUAAGUAUUGAACUAAAAAGACGAAUUAAAGGCAUCUUAAAAUCUAAACGGGAUGAACUGUAUGCAAAACAUUCUAAUUUAGUCGCAAUGGGUAUGAGCCCGGUGAUGUAUUCUGAUGGUCGUGUUCACAGAAAACCAUGUAUAGCUUUCUACUGCUUAGAUGCAGAUUUGGUCCCUUUCGGGGAGAAACCUUUGCCCUCAGUAUUAUCAGAUUCUUCUGGGGAUAUUCCUUGUGACGUCAGGGAAGACUAUAUUCAACUUGGAUAUUGUAGGAAUUGCCGUGGAUUACAGAAUGGCUGUAGUGUUGGGCAGUAUGGUGUUCAAUUAUCGGGGUCGAUUGGAUUUUUUGUGAGACGAAAAUAUUCAUCACACACUCCGCAACUCCCUUAUGAUGGAUUUUUAACCGCUGCUCAUGUUGCUUUGGAGGACGAUAUUCUUAAAAAAAUGAAAGGAACAAAAUUUAAAAAUUGUUAUCAUGGUUUGCAUCUCAUCGUUCAUCCGUCUCUGGAAGAUAGCGGCACUAAUAAUGUUAUUGGUGAAGUUGAAGACUCGUUUUUUGGGAAUCAUGAGGAAGUUGGAAUAGAUGCUGCAUUUGUUAAAACAUACAAAAAUGAGGGAAAUGGUAAGCAAAUAAUAAAUGGAUUACCAUUACAUAUUUUACCUAUUUUGUACAUAUCUUCUUUAUCUUUUGAAGUGGAUCCUGACAUGGAGUACGAAGUUAUCGGGCACGGUAGAACUUCAGGGACGACGACAGGGAUUUUAAAAGAGACAUUUAUGUCAUUUCGUAAAAGUUUCCCUGAACGUGCAGGAAUUUAUCUUGUUUUAGAUAACUGCUUCACAAUUUACAGAAUUCGUAUAGAACCAAAAGAGUUUUUCGAACCUGGAGAUUCUGGUUCAGCAGUUUAUGUUGUUGAGGCAGAUAAUACACAACACCCACUAGGCCUGGCUUUUGGUGUUCUGGGUGAACAUAAAAUAACUUUUGCAAGCCCUGUUAAGAAAAUAACAGACAUAUUAAAUCUGUCUGUUGUUCAACCUGCUCAGCCUAUGAAUAUUCCUUAAUCUAGAAAUGAUUUUUUCACGUGGGGAUUCUAGUGCAGCGCUAUACGGUAUGAAUAAAUCAACUAAAGUCCGACACAUUUGUGUCUUGCUUUUUGU